UCUCUGCGGUGCAAUGUGGUUUCUCUGUGGUGCAAUGUGGUUUCUCUCUGGUGCAAUGUGGUUUCUCUGUGGUGCAACGUGGUUUCUCUGCGGUGCAAUGUGGGUUCUCUGCGGUGCAAUGUGGUUUCUCUGUGGUGCAACGUGGUUUCUCUGCGGUGCAAUGUGGUUUCUCUGUGGUGCAAUGUGGUUUCUCUGCGGUGCAAUGUGGUUUCUCUGCGGUGCAAUGUGGUUUCUCUGCGGUGCAAUGUGGUUUCUCUGCGGUGCAAUGUGGUUUCUCUGCGGUGCAAUGUGGUUUCUCUGUGGUGCAAUGUGGUUUCUCUGGUGCGCUGCCAAAGCCUCUUGUACUCGCGGUCCUUGCUAAGUGAGCACCUGUACUUGACUGAUUGGAAAGCUUUGUGUGCGCUUGAAUCUGUUUCCCCAAGUCAAGUGUGUGUUGCGCGCGCACGACUUGUGUGCAGCACAUGGCACAUGCUAUUCUUACGUCUAUGUUUUGUGUGUGUGCGCGCGCGUGUGACUGCAGUGUUAAGGUUUCUGUUUCCUCGGAGCGUGAGUACACUGGACCUGGAUCGAUGACCUACUCACGUGCUUGUCUUUUCCCUUUUUCUGUUUUAAUUUGGUGAGCGCUCUCCUCGCUGUGAGUGUACAAAAAAGCUCAGUGUUUUGUUACCUUCUGUUUUGCUCUUCCGAUCGUCUGCAAACAUGACUUCUAUCGUUCGCUUUCUGGAUUGUGAUCUUUCUUCACUCGUUUUCACGUCUGCUGAGACUUAGACUUGUGCUGAAGGCUGGCACGGAUGUCUAUACGCAAGAGGAAAAAAAUGUCAGCACAUGUCCAGCGACAUUGAAGUGGUGACCCCAUAGAUCCAUUCCUACCAGAAUGGGCUCUAACGGAAGAACUCAAGGGCGUAGCCUGCACACCAGAAUGUCUGGGGUGUUCUUCCACAAAGGCAUCUCCCGUCUCCACGCUGAAGAACUGCUGCUGCAGGAAGGCAUUGAUGGCAGCUUUCUGGUCAGAGACAGUGAGUCUGUGGUGGGCGCCUACGUCCUUUGUCUGUUAUUCCAGAAUCGAGUUCAUCAAUACCGAAUACUCCCUGACAAGGAUGGCAGGCUCUCAGUACAGUCUGAGGGAGACAUGCAGCCUCCGUCCUACACAGAUUUGCCCAGCUUGAUAACAUCGUACAUUGCCAAGGGAGAAAAGAAUGGUUUGGUAUGUGCCUUAAAAAAGCCAAUUUCACCUGAGGGUGCAGAGAUGGCAGAUGGAGACUCUGAGGAUGAUGAUUUUGAAGAUGCCAAGCAGACGCCAGAAAUAGAUGAUAAAAGUGGAAUCAUCAGACCUUUCAAGUUUGGUGUUCUCAAUAACUUUUCUAGACUUGACCUUUCAAGUUGUGAUGGUGAGUUUGUUGAUGCCAUGAAGGCCUAUGUAGAUGAGGGUUUGGAGAAAGAUGCCAAAACUUUUGGGGCUGAAGGAGGCAGGUACCCAAUGCCUGAGUUCCAGAAACUGUUAGCUAUAGCUGGGAAGGGGCUGCAAAGAGAGCUGGAUGUCUUCUUAUUAAAACUGUCAAUGUGUCAUGACAUGCUGAGCCAGGAAGAUGAUGACAAGACACACACUUCCAAUGCAGCUGACAGGUUGGGCUCCUACAUUGACUUCCUGGCUGCCAAACUCGAGACGUGUCGAACACACAUCUUAGCUUUAGAGAAAAAGGCUCAAGAAGUUGUCAAAGACAGUGCGAAGGUGGAGGAGUAUAACUACCCUGAUGUCUCUGAUGUGGGCACGCUCACACCACCCCAGCUUUUUCUCCCCUUGGGUCUACGACGGCACAGCAGCAUCAGCAUUCCGCUUUCCACUUUUGAGGUGAAAGUUUUAAAGCAUGGUAAAGCAAAUUAUAAACUGAAGCUGACAGUGGACAUCCACCAGGGAAGAUUUUAUGCUGUGAAACCUUCCAAGGAAAACUUGGACCACACAAACACUUUCCCUCAUGAUACAAUACUUCAACUAGUGAAGAACACUACAGACAACAGCAGGCUACAUGUUAUAUUUAGCAACAAGAAAAAGUACAACUACCAAUUCCAGAGUGUUCUAGAGAGAGAAAGUUUCUGUCUGCAGAUCCGACAGAUGAAAUCACUUCAUUCACAGGAACAGGAUGUGGACAAUGUCUCCAUUUUUAUUGGAACUUGGAACAUGGGCAAGUCAGCCCCAGUGGAAUCCUUAAAGUUUUGGCUCAAGUGUAAUGGUGAGGGUAAAAGUAAAGAUCGUACGUUGAGUCGUCUCCCCCAUGACAUCUAUGUGAUAGGCACACAAGAAAGUGGCAUGACAGAGAAGGACUGGAUCAACACCUUGAAAGCUGCUCUCAAAGCUGCCUUAAAUCUGGAUGCUGAAUUGUUGGAGUCCUGUUCUUUGUGGGGGCUCCGGGCUGUUAUCUUCAUCAAUCCAAAACAUCGCAAUAAAAUCAGUUACAUUCAGAAAUCCUCAGUGCGAACUGGAAUAGCUAAUGCCUUAGGUAACAAAGGAGCUGUGGCUAUAUCUUUCCUACUGAGUGGGACAUCGUUCUGUUUCAUCAAUGCCCACCUGGCCUCUGGUGAAGAAAGAUUGGAGAGGAGGAAUGCAAAUUUUAGAGAUAUUCUCAAAGGUUUAAACAUGGGGGCAAAGAAUUUGGAGAAUUAUGACAUCACUCACAAGUUCCAUCAUGUCUUCUUCUUUGGAGAUUUGAAUUACAGAGUUACUGGCCCUGUGGAGCAAAUUUUGUCCAGGCUUGAGAAGAAAGAGUUUGUGCCCCUACUUGACCAAGAUCAACUCAGAAGGUGCCAGUUUGAGAAAAAAGCUUUCUUUGGUUUCAGUGAGCCAGAGAUUACUUUCCUACCUACCUACAGACUUGAGCGCCACACACCAGGCUACAAGUAUGAUUGGAAGAAAAUUAAGACAACCACAGAAAGAAUCAACUCUCCAUCUUGGUGUGAUAGAAUACUCUGGCAUUCAUUCCCUGGAACCUUCAUUGAGAACCUGGCCUAUGGUAGUGUGGACAACUUGCUGAACAGUGACCACCGUCCAGUUUUUGGUUCUUUCACUGUUGGCAUUGCUUCACCGUUCAUCCAGAACAGAGCCUCACUGCAGGACAAUCUGAAUGUGAAGUUUGUGUUCAAAUCUGUGGAAGCUGAGAUCAAGACCAGCACCAAACAGUACUACAUUCUAGAGUUUUCUUCCUCAUGUCUCCCAGCCAAUCGUGGCCAGGACAUUAUCUGCUGUGAGUCCAACAAAAGAGUGGGAGAAAGCCAGAAGCCAGGCAUUAUCAAUAACCCAGUCUGGACAUGUGAUCAAUUACCUCAGUUGCGGCCCCUGUUCAGUGACAUAGAUUUCCUAGAAGAUCAACACAUACUCAUCGCUGUCAAAGGUGCCGGAGAAGAUCAUGAGUCUUAUGGGGAGUGUGUGAUUUCACUGAAGGAUAUGUUCACUGGGGAUGUGUGUCGCUUUGAAGCCACCAUGACUCACUUAGGGGAAGAAACAGGCAAACUCAAAGGAGAGUGGUAUGUGUCAACUGGAACUAGUGGUGCACUUGUCUCAAAGCCGAGCAGGAAGACUUAUGAAAUUGUGGCCUUAGAUACAGAGUACCAUGACCCUGAGGAUUUCAUUCCAUUAUCUCCCCCAUGCGACCCUGCACAGGCCAUGGGUGCCUCUUCUCAGACAUCACCAACUUCUGGAUUCAUCACCCACCCGUCAGAUGAGGACACCCCCCUGGACAUUCCUUCCCACUAUGUCAACCACAACAUUACAAGGAGAGUACCGUCUGACCCCGUUCCAGAAACACCAGCUGUCCAGGAUCCCCCGCCACUCCCCAACAAGCGCAACAAAAUGCCAGCGAUGGGAAGAAUAACAGAGAGAAGCUCAGACGGCCUGGUGUACUUCUCAGAUGUCGCCGGGGGCAUGGACCAAAGCUUAUGGACUAAACACACUCAAGCAAUACACGCACACCCUUUGUUGUCUAAGAAACCUGAAGCAGGCUCCUCACCAUCCCCACCCGCAGCCUCCAGACACAAGGUCAAGUCCAACAUGUACCCUCUUCCAGCAUUUAAUCAGGCCAUGAAGAAGUCAGAUUCAGAAUCUCCUCCACUGCGAAACUCACCACUUGCAGGUCAGCGAUUGGAGACUGAGAAUGUGUUCUCUCACAUGUCACCUAAACCUAAGUUGACGCCAACAGCUCCCCCUUUCCCUGAGACAGAGAAUAUCUAUCCCUCUAUUGCCAUUCGGCCUUAUGAAGAGCUGAAGAAGCCCACCACAGUGCAGGAUUGGCUGAAAGGACUUGGAUUGUCUGAAUAUACAUCCGCUUUCCUGCGCAGCGGCUGGGACUCUAUCGGGUCACUCUCCCAGCUGACUGCUGCAAGCAUCAUGAAGCUUGGUGUCAGAGAUGCGGAGCACAGGAUGAGGAUACUGAACAGUGUCAGGGACAUGAAGGGUCAAUCCACAUGACCAGUCUAGACAUUGGUUGAUGUUAAGAAGAACUUGUGUGAUUGAAUAACUAUUUUGGGAACUGACCAAUGAGGAACAGAGUGCAAUAAAUUAUUAACACUUGGAGAGCCUGUAACAAGAAAUGAUAUUCCAUGAGACUAAGAAUGAAUCAGAUAUGGGAUUCAAAAAUUUUUUUUUUAAUGCUGAUGUACAAACAUUUCCUCAACUUAUACAGCCUACAGUAUUUUUGUCUUUGUCAUACUGUAAUCCUCCAUAGACUGGACAUUCAUAUCCAUAUACAUUAUUUAUGUAUAUUUCCAUCCUGUAUGUGUUACACUGUGACUUGCUGGAACAGAUCUUAAGUUUUUCAGCCAUUCAUAUUAUUGAAGGAUUUGGUUCUCUGCUGAAAGCAAUACGUCAGCUUCUUAUGGGUUUUUUUUUUUUGUAUGAAAUCUGGAUGUGUCAGUGUACACACUGUGAGAAUCUCUAAUGUAAAUAAUGCUGACUGUUGAUGCCCACAUUUGAGGUUCAUAUAGCUGCUAAUGUUGCCUACAGAAGUGCAGUUGUAAUUUUGUCAUUCUGUCCACAGUUGUUGCAUCCUUGCUGUGCAAUCAAUCUCUUAUAAGUUUGAUACAUACAGCAAUAUCUUCACAGCCAUCCCCCUACCCCCUCCACUUACCAUUCCAGCAUGCUCCCCCCCCCCUCUUUCUCCUCUACCCCAAUUUUGAAAUGUGAUUUUUUAAUUUUUUUUUUUUGCAUGCAAGAGUGCAAGAUGACAUUAUUUUAAAAGUGUCACUUAAAAGCUUUCAUCUCCAGCCCCCCAACCCUGUUCCUUGUGCCUGUUGAAGUGAGUUGUGUUACUAGCAUAUAGAAAUAGAAGCAAAGAUGUGAUCAUUCAAAUGAUAGACUUCAGAUCAUUUUUUGUUUGUUUUGUUUCUGUAAGAGAAGAGAUGUUCAAUUAAGACAUUCACAUUAUGAACACAGUGAUAAUUACCUCAUACAGAGCAAUAAAGUCUGGGUUUAACUCCUUGAAUCUGGAGAUUUAUAUCGCACUGUAUUUCGUGCCUAAAUUGUCUGAAAGUUGUAGUGUAACCUCUUGUGUUAGCUUACUUAGGUUUUGUCUGGCCAAACAUUUUGGAGGACAUCCGACUGGUCUUAGUGUUUGGUUACUUUGUGUGGUCUAGUGCCCAUUUGAUUACACCUAUAUCUCCCCACCCAAUCAAGAGAUACUUGACUUAUGACAUUGGUUUGGUUGUUCUUCUAAAAAUUCCAUCAUCAUAAAAUGUUUGUAAACUCUCUGGAAAUCAAUGUUAGCUAAGUCUCUGGAGUAAAUACUUGCCAACUAUAUUCAAGUUUAAGAUCCUUUGGUAGGACUGUUUGUUUGCUGUCGUGACAGCAGAGCUAAUACUUCAUACAGGUUUACAGUCAUGUUUAUUGUAUGCUUGACAACUUUUAUUUCUACAUUUGUCAAAAUAUCCUAGACAAGUGUCUGCCUUGAUUAGCAGCUCUAACUUCAUUUGUUCCACCUGUGUUUGAUGUCUUAUGCUUGUUAAUAUACUUUUUGAAUAACAAUAAAAUGACACAUUUUACACCUUUCUACAAUUACAAAAAUUACCUAAUUCAACCAUUUUAGAUUGACAAACUGCAAAUACCAAGAGUGUUCAAUUUCUUUUAAUUCUGCUUGCUUUAAUUUUUUUUUUUUUGCUUCUGCAUCUCUACAAGUUCAAUCAUUCCAUUAUACAGUCUCAGUGCUCUCUGUCUGCUAGACUCUGACUGACUUAUUUCAAGUUCUCAAUCAUAUUCCUGCAGCCUCAGUCCACUUAAAAUUAAAGAGAUUUUUUAUGUGAAUGUGUGCAUCUCACCAAGACCAAUCAUUUAGAAGGCCUGAGCACUGAUCUGCUAUCGCAACCUGUGGGCAGUUUAGACCAAUAGCACAUUGGCAUGUCACAGGUCCAAUGUUAAAACUUGUGACACGGCAACGAGCUAUUGGUCUAAACUGACGGUUGCUAUGUCGCAGGUCACUGUUCAGGUCUACUAUAAAGAUUCUGUUUGACUGCCCCAGACUUGCUGAUCUCCGUCUCGACAGGUCUGGGAAACCCAAAAUUCUCGAACUGUAUGGCGACAUUUAUGCACUACGCAAGACAGCAGGGUUUCUGUCCAGGGCUUUAGCAAGAGAGGAUUUGAGCCUCUCAAGCCCUCACUCUAAUGGAGUUUGAUGAUGAUGACUAUAAAGAUUGGACAUUUUGUUUUCCACAUUCCAAAGUCCAACUUAGGAUCAAGGAAAAUAAAACUUAGCUACAAGGCCAUUCUUUCUUAUUAGAAAUCAUUUCAUCCACUCAUUUGUAACAAAGCAUACUUGUUAGUCUGUCAGUCACGGAGCACUGAUAUCGAGUUUUGUUCAGUGCAAUUAUUGUUAUUGAUUAAAGGGAGAUCACAAUCAUUGUUGUUGAGAAUGGGAGAUCAGAUUAUUUAUGCUAUGGGAAUAUGAUGUAUAUCGAUUUUCCUUUUUUUUUUUAAAUGUUCAGAAGUUGGUGUUGUAUGUUGCAAAUGUUCCAAUCCAUUGUGGUUCCCAGGGUUGUCAUAAUAAGACCAUGUCUCUCCUUUUGUUUUGUGUCUGUGAUAUAACAAACAGCUGACACCUUGUUUUGUUAUUGUACAAUAUUGUGUAUUUGUAAUAAUGAUUUACUGCUUUUUGGUGUGUGUCAUCAACUCAUCGAGGGUUUCAUCCAACAGACCUCAUGCUUUACAGCUGUAUGUUGAUAUUAGCUACAAUACACAUUUGUAUAAUCUUAUUGUUGCAAUAGUUGUUUUUUUUUAUACCAAUAUUAUUGUUAGGCUGUCAUUUUAAGCAUAAUAGAUUCGUAUGAAUGUUUAAAUUAUUUGAUUUUUUUUAGUUUUUUUUUAAUUUUAUAUACAUAUAUGUUUUGGCUUUCUUCAGCAGAAGAAAAUGUCCAAAAAAAUCUGUUGAUUUGUUUUGUGGAUACUUUUUGUUCUGAUUAUUUAUUAAAUCUAAUUAUUUACUUUUAUGCUUCUUUUUUUUUUUUCAAUUAGACUUUUACAACUUUUUUUUUUCUCCCAUUUUGUUUCCAAUGAUUUGAAAUUAUUCUUGUGGCUGUUUUAUUUUCUUUAGAGCUUACUCGGGUCCGUUUUGCUUUUGUUGACAAUUGACUUUUCUCUGGCAUAAUAUUUGUGCACAAAGAGCUAUGUUGUCUCUUCUCUUACUGGGGGAAUCCAAUAGUACUGCAGAUCACAGCCAAAAGAUUAUCUGCAGAGAAACAAAUGUUUCUAAAAAUUCUUUUUUUUUUUUUACAUAUUGUCAAUCAAAACUAGUUACUAUGACCAAUUGUAUCAUGUGGCCAGCACAACAACCAACCACCUUUACUUUCAACAACUAAUGUCAGGUACAAGUAGAGUUGGGAGGACUCGGGUCCAUCCUAAAAAAUCCAGAAAUUAAAAAUCCUAAUCUUCUCUGAGAUUCAAACCUGACACCCCCCCUUGGUUCACAAGUCAAACACUUUAUCACUCAGCCACCACAUCCUCUUUAUAUCAUCUACAAUAAAGCUUGCAAAGUCUGAAAUGGCUUUUUUAAAAAUCUCCAAUCAUAUAAAAAGUUAAAAAAAAAAAACAUCAAUGACCUCCAGACCCAAGUACUUUAUCUGUUAGCCACCAUGCAGCUUGUCAUUCUCUACUACUUGCAUAAUCUUUUAAACAGUUUUACCCUGAAGGUUGAUGACAUUUAGUCUAUUGAGGUUAAAAUAUCAAUUAAGGCUCUAUUGUGGCUUCUACAUUUCUCCACCAAACUAUCUCAACGCUUUCUUUGCACAAUCUUGUAUGCAUAAUUAUUACAAUGUCAUUAUUAUAAUUCAUUUUUUGUCCAUGCGGUGAUCAUAUUGACUUGAAAGCUGUGACAAUUUAGUGAAUGCAUUUUGACACAAAGCAAUGCGGUGAACUAAAGCAAAGUGUUCAGAUUGGGUAACAUUUCUCAAAGACUCUUGUGUGUGUUCUUCAAGAUUUGAAAUUAGUCUUGAAAUAAUGUUAAAAACUUCUCCCUAAAAUUAAAACUUUUUUUAGUUUGUUCUGUUUU